AUGGAUCCCCAAACCCAAAGUCCUGCCAGGCAGCGCUAUUCGACGGAAGAGAGCCAACAUGGAUCAGCACUAAAGGAAUUCCAGCCAGACGGAAGCAAGCAGGAGGCGUGUGGUCUGCAAUGUGGUUGCGACAACAUCAUCCCUGCUUUCAAAGAGCACAAUGAUGGCUUCGUGCGCAGAAGUCAGACUGAGGCGAUCUUUGACAUGUCUACACUACGAAGUGCUUUGCCCAGGAUGCUCUCGGUCUCGGCCAGCAGAGGCGAGCUAAAAGGGGUCGGACCCGGACCAUUCCAACAAAUAAAACUCGGUAUCUAA